CUCCUGCCUGCCAGUUUAUAGCAUUUUGCUAAUGGAUCAUUUCCUUCCGUGGGGAUAAUGCUCUGGCUAUUAGGUGUUCUCCUGUUGCACAGCAAUUUUGGGUGAUCAGGCAGUAAUAAUAAGCGUUCUUGUUAGAUGGGAGACUUUAUUGCCAGGUUAAAGAGCUACAAAGCAAUGAGAAUAACUUUUUGCUGGCAAAACAACUUCACUCAAAGACAAGGGACACUUCUGCUAGUGGUUCUCCAGUUUCUACCCUGCUUAUGCUCAGUGCCACACUUGCACUCCUGCUCAGCUGAUUUAUACUUCAGCGUUCACAUGUUGGAAGAAUCUGAGUCCAACAGGUUUCUCUCUAUUUUAACUGCAUCCCUGAGAAGAUCUGUACCUGCAGCACUUGUUUCUUGUUUUUAUUCAGCAUUAUUCCCUUAUGUCUCAGCCUCCCCAGCCCACAGAAGCAGCAGUGCAGAGCUCAGAGCAAACGGGCAUCCCUGUACCAUCCAUCCCUUUUUUCAGCAAGAAAAAGGAAAUGCUGUGUGCAAACUAUUCCCUUCUACGAAAUGGAGUGUCUGUGCAAAAUGGCAUCACUUAGGCCAUCUGCAGACCCACAGAAAUCACUAUUUCCUUCCACUCUUUUCACUCCAAGGCAAAUUUAUGCUUCUGUGGACAAAAAAGAACUGCAGUCAUAUCUAAUGCAUCCUAAUCUCAAUGCAAAAUGGAGUGGCAGUGGCUUACUCCCAAAAUGUGUUUUUCUGGUAGGAUCAUUUAAUAUUACUCAUUAGACCCUUCUAAAAGAAUGACUUAAAGUGAGAGGGUUUCGGAUAUUUUUCCCCUAAGUUACUUCAAGGCAAUUACAUUGCACAGAAAGCAAUAAUCACUUGUCAGGCUCUCCAGUUUGCACAUAGAGCCUUAUUUCCAUAGAGGUGAACAUUUAAUAGUUCAUUUGAAUGCUCCUGUUUUAAAGAAUUUGGUGCAGUGUGAACCUCACAUUUUUUUCUCUUCUCUCUCUCUUUUUUUUUUUCUUUUUUUUUUUUAAGAAAUUAAGACAACCAAUCUGGCAUGGGUUCCAUUCUUGAGAGCUCAAGAAAAGAUAUAUCAAAGCUAAUAGGCAGUAAACUGAAGCACAUUAAAGUGUGUCUCUUGAGUUCACAAAGCUGGAAUAUGCACAGAGAAGAUCUACCCAGUUAUCUGUGGCAGUGAGAUUUGUUUUGAGGGAACCCUUCAUACUCAAUCCACUUGUUCCUCUCACAGUCUCUGCCUGUGAUCCCACCCGAGCUCCCAGGCUGGGCCCUCUGGCUGGAUCAGUGUUACAACUGGAGACAGUCAAAGAAAUUCAAACUUGGACUAAGGAAAAACAGCUCUUCUGGUUCUCUUCACCAGUACCACUCCUCAGUCCACUCCUCUGAUCAGACUGAAGUGAAAAGGGAAAAAAGAAACCAUAGGAUUUUGGAGAAAACUCAAGACCAAAGCCUUAAUCAGUUAUUUCCAGGAAGAACCUAACUCCAGAGAAUAACUGCUGAGCAACUCUAAUUUAUCUUUGCUAAUGUCUACCAAAUCUCAACUUACUUGCCACCAAUCCUAAGCAGGCUGGUUCAAAGCAAACACAUUUUCCCUGGAGACAGCUGCCUUUCAGCAUUGGGUGGAACGACUGCCCCAGCAUCCCAAACCCAGAGUUCACUCUCAGUGGCACACACCUACCCCUGUCUGGGGGGUUGCUGAGCUCUGCACAGGUCCCCAGCCUCAGCUGCACAGGGGAAGGCCAGCAGCUGGCCCAGGCUCAUGGGUUAGCUCAAGCCCAGUGCUAAAGUGGGAGCUUGACAAAUUAUUAUUUUUCGUGCCACCUAAUGGCACUGCAGCACAAAUGAAACACUCCUCAGACCAGCCCGGGCAUGCCUUUGACUGCAGAAUAGGUUUAUCACACCGUGUGCAGUGUACAAUUUGCUCUGGGAUCUCUCUGAGUGAAAGACAAGUCAUUAACGUCCUCCAAACAUCCUCAAGGAGUGGUAAGACAAAGAAUAGUCAUGCCCAGGCUCUGUUUUGAAUAGGAUCUUGAUUUCAGCUCCUGUUUCCUGCCUUCGAUCGGCUUUCAGCAGGCAGAAGCAGAGAGGGAAUCUCAGACUGCAAGACUCAAUGAAGGAAUGCAGGAAAGUCCUCAGGCAACAGGGAUGGGAUGCUGACAGUCCUAGGUGAGUUCUACAGGUGGAAAACAUCUAUCUUCAAAAGACUCACUGUCAGACAAGAUAGUUUUCAAUAAAGAGAUGAAACUGAUGGGAGGUUUUCUUUCUGCAUUUCUGCCUGCUUUUGGCAGAGCAGACCUGUGUGUGCACAAAGGAGUUAUGACUUGACAGCACGUUGUAAAGCUUUCCCUUCUUAUCAAGGCAGAGCAGCUGAGACAGCCUUUUCUAUAGUUGGCUUUUUAAUUGAAAGAUUAGAAGUUCUCUUAUGCAGUUUGCACGAGCAUUUCAGAGAGGUCACCCAAGGUCUGGGUGCUCUGGUAGCUCCAGGGUGGAACUGGCAGGCACCAGCAGCGAGGGGACAGGACAAGCUCUCACCAGCAGGACAAAUCCCCCAGCAAAGAGUUCUACCAAGCACCCCCAUGUCAGUUCAGUGCCCCUCUGGCUCAGGGGUGGUGGGCUGCACAAAACCCCCAAAACAGAGCUCUUCCCUUUCAUCCUUGGCCUCCCCGGGGUCAGAGCAGUGGCACCAGCGCCCAAAAGUGUGCAGAGGGCUCAGAUUAAAGCAGCCCAGCCUGGGACUGAGCCCAGACCGAGGGCCAGGGCUGAUGGCUCCAGGGAGACUUUUCAAGGAGCUGCAUCUGCAGCUCCUGCCCGGGGAAGGGGAGGGACUUCACCUGGGAGACAGCGGAGAGGACACCUUGGCAGCAUCGUUAGUGGGGUUUUGAUCGUGCACCUUGAGCUCCUAUUUAGGCCAUCACAUUUCAUUCAUUUAACUUAUCUCAGACUCCUGCAAUCCCCCAGGGAUACAGCAAACACUCCAGCACCACUGCCCAGUGGAAAAGAGCCAGGAGAGGUCUCCCAGCAGAACAAGAGAGGCAGAGGAGCUUCACCCUGCUGCAUCCCCCUCUCAGCUCAGCUGCUCCUGGCACGCCACAGCUGCCCCACGUCCUGGCAGGGAACUGCAGGGAGCAGCUGGGAGUGGGAUGCAGGGACAGCCCAGCACGGGUACAACACAUCUCAGCUCUCUGUGCCACAGAAAACACCUCACAGCCAUUCACAGGCUGAUUUGGAGUCAAUUUUUAAUCACUUCCAAUGUGGGGUAUGCAAAAAUCCAGGCCAUAAAAUCCUGGUAGCAUCACAGACAGCAGAGGCAUCUGCCAGCACCUUGGGAAACAGGAACCUACAAUAAACACCUUCACCAGAAAUGGUCCCUGUCAAAAUAAACAAUGCACAUUCCCACUCCUUAUUACACUGCCAUACAAAGCCCAAGACUUAUUUCCAGAGUCGAGUGGUUCAUUACUGAGGGGAAUAAAAAAAGGAAAUGGACACAGUCACUUGUGUGAAAAUCUUCUGCUUCAUGUUUUAACCCCUGGCAGAAUAACACUAACCUGGCCCACUAGAGCAGCUCAAGGAUCCCUGGCAUCCUGCACAUGAAGACACAAUUAUAUUAAAUCAGAUGAACUUUGCUUUCCUCAACGUAUUUAAAAUGAAACUCCAUUAAAAUGGGAGAAUGUAGAUUUUUUUUUUCAGCUGAUAAUCUAUAUUUCUGUUUUGUUUGAAUCAGGCUUAAAAAAAAAAAAAAAAAGGAAA